UCGCUCACCUUCUCCUCCAAACCCCUCCUCCUCCUCCUCCUCCUCCUCCUCUUAUCCUCUCCAAUUCGCCUCCGUAUAAGUAGCCACCACGCGUGCCAUUUACCUUAAUCCAACUUAAAAUUUAGUUUAUAUCUCGUAUCUUCCUCGCUCGCGCCAACCAAGAAGCUUGCAACAACAGGGAGAGAGGUUGGAGCAAGAACGUUUUGCAUUUGGAGGGAGGGAUUUUGAUUGAUGGCGGUGACGGCGACGACGGUGGCGGCGGCGACGACGAUGAUGGCGGCGGUGGCGGCCGUGUUCCUGGCGUUCGUGCUCUGCUUCUACAUAUUCGUUUGCGCCAAGAGGUACAGGGGCGGCGCGCCGCCGGCGGAGGGCGGGGUGGCGGCGAGGCUGUGGUUCUUGCUUGGAGGUGGCGGCGGCGGGGGAGGCGCGGCGGGGUCAGGGGACGCCGCGUGGUGCUACGACGGCGGGCUCGACGAGGCGUCCAUGGCGAAGCUGCCGUGCAGGGUGGUGGGGAAAGGGGAGGAGGCGGUGGACUGCGCGGUGUGCAUCACGGAGCUCGCCGCGGGGGAGACGGCGCGCGUGCUGCCGCGGUGCGGCCACGGGUUCCACGUCGCGUGCGUCGACAUGUGGCUCAAGUCCCACUCCACCUGCCCGCUCUGCCGCUGCCCCGCCGUCGACGAGCCGCCGCCCGCCGCGCCGCCGCCGGUGGUGGCGCCGCCCGAGGCCGACCCGGAGUCCCCCAACUUCCCCACCAACGUCCUCUUCUUCGGCUCCCAGGACGAGGUGAGCACCGGCGGCGCGCAAUCGCAGCAGCAGCACCGCUCGCCGCCCACGACUGCGACGCCACCGUCGCCGCCGGCGCCGGCAGUGGACGCGGCGAGGGUGCGGGGGGGACUGCGGCGGCUUCUCGGGUGUGGCGGCGCGUCGCCGCCCCCACCGCCGCACCAGCACGAGCACGCGGACAGGGACAUCGAGAUGGGCCUCGCCGCCGGCGGCGAGACCAGCUCGCCGGCGAAGUCGCCGCAUCCAAGCUCUUGACGCUGCGUCACGUAGCUUCCAUUUCUUUUUUCUUCUUUUUUUUUCCAACUUUUUUUUGUGCCGUCUUUUGUGUGCCGUCAUCACAGGUUUUGCUACUGUCCCGGUUGCUCCUGUUCGCCACGUCUGUAAUUUUCAGAAUUUAUAGAGGUAAAAAAAAAGAAAACUGUACAGAUUCUUAUAGAUACCCAAUGUACAUGUCCCAUAUAUGUGGAUAGAAAGAACAUGGACUUCCCAGAGACAAGGCAAAAAAAAAGUUACAGUUUGGAUA